AUGACCGUUGUUCCUAUCGUGUGUACCGUCGCCUUCGUCCUGGUGCUGGUCAGUGCCACCGUAGCGGGCGGGCGGCCGGGGCAGUCGAUAUCGAAGGGCACCGCGGCAGGGGCGUUGUCGCACGCGUCCAGCUCGCUAUGUCCUCGCUGCCCAUUGUGCUCGCGGCAGGGGACACCGAUAAAGGAGUGGCUAAAGUAUUGCCACACCACCUCCGGGUACAUCAUCUCUCUCUUCUCCUGGGGGACCUCUGCGCUGGCAGGGAAGCAGCGCACCGGACUCUCGAAUCGCGAGCAGCGGCAACUGUACCCGCUGGAGCUCCCAUUCGCGACCGACGACGCCGUGCGCAGACAGUGCAUGCGCGAUAUGCAAGAUCUUCUUCUUGCCCGUGUGCGAGGCCAGCCGCAAGUCGUCAUCCCGCUGCUCGAUGUGCUUCGACGGAAGCUCGCCUACCCGCGUGAGCCGGUUGUGGUGCACCUUGCCGGGGAUAACGGCGUUGGCAAGACCCACACGGCACGCCUCGUGUCCCAGGCGUUGUCGCUGCGCUGUGCGUCUGACCGCGACGUGUGCGAUGCUGGCGACAAUCUGCUGACCAUCGCUGGUACCGGUUUUGACGGCCUGUCGGUGGCUGAGGCGCGCCAGCGCAUCAUAGGGCAGAUCAUCGCCCACACGGAUCGCUACCCACACGGAGUGGUGCUGAUCGAUGACCUGACCGCCAUGGACCCUUCUCUCGUCAGCGCACUGGCGCCGCUGUUUGGCAGGGCGGCUCACUUCCCAGAGCAGCUCACGCGCUCUUCCAGUGCCACAGCCACAGGUGCGAGGCAUGCGGCGGCGAAGUCCCUGCAGACGAUGCACGAGUCGACGAAGGACGUCGGCCCCGAUGGGAGCAGAGGCUCGGCGACGAAGGUGGGCAAAGACGAGAAAUGGGGGGCGGCCGCUGGCACAGGGAGCGCACAGUCGGCAGCGUCAGAGAUGGCGAGCUCGAGUCCUCUCAGUGGACAGCCACCGCCCCCGCUUUCGCAGUUGAUCAUCUUCGUCACGACCGACUUCGGACGACAGGGCCGCACCGUCGGCAAGUCGCGCACCGAGAUCGAAGCAAUGAUACAGCACGACUUCGCGGACCUCUACGGCACUCUUCUACCCGCCUACACCCGUACCUUUGUCUACUACCCCUUCACCUCGGCAAUGGCCGAAGACGUCGUGCGCAGCGCCGUCACAGACCUCCCUUGCGCGCUCGGCGAGCACCUGAUCACCUCCAGCACGAUCAGCGAUGAGGCUGUUUCCUUCCUGGUUCAGCAGCAUCGUCAGCUGUGGUCCGGGAAAGAGAACGGCCACGCCCUCCGACGCCUGGUGGAGGACGAGAUCGUAUCGCAGCUGAUUGUGUACUGGGAGACGCACGAGCAGCAGAAGCACUUUGAGCGGCUGCGGGUGCGUUUUGACUUGGACGAGGCGAGCAUGCGCGUACUGCUGCGUACCCCGCACACAUCUAGUACCACAGCAGCCCAGUCUCCGGCCGCGCUCUCGUCGACCGAAGCACGUGCGCGUGACCAUGACGGAGCCGAGGACAGGGACGGGGAGGAGCGCGGCGACCUAUAG